ACAUAAAAAGGCAAUUAGCUCUUGUUAUCCCAUCUCACAAGGUGCCGGAAAAUAAACAGGAGACAGGUUCAUCUUCCAUGGUCUGUAUGCAAAGAACAGCAUGUUCUUGAUGCAGCCAUUGCCUUUAGAUUGAAGAACAAACAGUCUGUAGGGACAAAUAACUUAUAGAGCCAACAAAAAGAAGCCCUUAUAUUGUCACUCAAUUCAUCAGUUAACUUUGUUGAAAUCUAUUUCCGUCUGCAAAAAUGGUGGAAGGAGGAGUUACCACAGCUGACAAGACAGAGUUUACAGAAUGCUGGAAGACUGUAUGGAAGACUCCAUAUAUUAUGAGGCUUGCAUUUUCAGCUGGCAUUGGAGGGCUUCUUUUUGGUUAUGAUACAGGAGUUAUUUCUGGCGCAUUGCUUUAUAUUCGUGAUGACUUCGAAGAUGUUGACAAAAAUACAUGGAUGCAGGAAACCAUCGUGAGUAUGGCUGUCGCUGGAGCUAUUAUUGGUGCUGCAUUUGGUGGAUAUAUGAAUGACAGGUGGGGCAGGAGAGUGGCAAUUUUAGGUGCUGAUAUCAUAUUCUUCUUCGGCGCAAUUGUCAUGGCUGUAGCUCCAAAUCCCUGGGUUAUUAUUAUCGGAAGGAUUCUGGUUGGCUUGGGAGUGGGAAUGGCAUCCAUGACCGCUCCUCUUUACAUUUCAGAAGCUUCACCUGCAAGAAUUCGAGGAGCACUCGUUAGCACAAAUGGAUUGCUGAUUACCGGAGGGCAGUUUUUGUCUUAUCUAAUCAAUCUUGCUUUCACCAAGGCUCCUGGAACCUGGCGAUGGAUGCUCGGAGUUGCUGGAAUCCCAGCUUUGGUUCAGUUUGUGUUGAUGCUUUCACUUCCGGAGUCGCCCCGAUGGCUCUACAGAAAGGAUAGGGUAGAUGAGGCGAGGGCAAUCUUGGAGAAAAUCUAUCCUGCACAUGAGGUUGAAGAUGAGUUGAAUGCCUUGAAACUAUCCGUUGACGCUGAGAAGGCUGAUGAAGCUGCCCUUGGAGAGGGCAUGAUAGCUAAAGUGAAGGGUGCGUUGAAAAACCGUGUAGUUCGCAGGGGACUUUAUGCCGGUAUCACUGUCCAAGUUGCUCAGCAAUUUGUGGGUAUAAAUACAGUCAUGUACUAUGCCCCGACCAUAGUGCAGUUUGCUGGAUUUGCUUCGAACUCUGUGGCAUUGGCACUCUCUCUCAUCACUUCUGGCCUGAAUGCUGUUGGCUCCAUUGUUAGCAUGUGUUUUGUCGACAGAUAUGGAAGGAGAAGGCUGAUGCUUGUUUCAAUGAUUGGAAUCAUUUUCUUCCUCGUGAUCUUAUCAGUUGUAUUUAUGGAAGCUUCGAGCCAUGCUCCGAAAAUCAGUGGAAUUGAGUCAGCUCACUUUGGCUCAAACUCUACUUGCUCAGCAUACCUGACAGCCCCAGAUGCACCAAGGUGGAGCUGUAUGACUUGCUUGAAAGCAGAUUGUGCUUUCUGUGCUAAUGCAGCCAGCGAAUUCCAUCCUGGAGCCUGCCUGGAUUCAUCCAAGGUUGUAAGGGGUGAAUGCCGUGCUGAAAAUCGUGUGUUUUUCGAGAAGGGUUGCCCAAGCAAGUUCGGAUUUCUUGCUGUUAUACUCCUUGGACUAUACAUCAUUUCCUAUUCACCUGGAAUGGGAACCGUACCAUGGAUUGUGAACUCAGAAAUCUAUCCGUUGAGAUAUAGAGGUGUUGGUGGAGGCAUUGCUGCUGUGGCCAAUUGGUGUUCAAAUCUGAUCGUGAGCGAGUCUUACUUAAGUCUCACGGAAGCUCUUGGUGCCGGUGGCACAUUCUUCGUAUUCGCCGGAAUUUCCACCAUUAGCCUCGUAUUCAUCUACUUCCUAGUCCCUGAAACUAAAGGCCUGCAAUUUGAGGAGGUGGAGAAGUUGCUAGAGGAUGGCUACAGACCACGCUUAUUUGGAGGAAAGAAAGAAAAAUCCAAGGACCAAGUUGAAUCCACAUAACUACGUUGCCUAUUGAGGAAUCACUUACAAGCACCCAGAUCAAGUGUUUACUGUAAUGAACAAUUUCCACCAUUGGCAAACCUCUUGUUUCCAAUGGAGAACUACUAGCCAUGUAACGUAACUGUAAUUAAAAAUCCUUGAUCAACAAUUGCGGUGUUAUCUCUUUGUUAAUAGUAAAUGCUCUUCAUGCUUUGCAAUGUUUCA